GGACACGGGGGACGUGUCGCUGUGGUGUGGCCAUGGCGGAGCUGGAGCGGUUGGAGCGGCGGGUGCGGGAGCUGGAGGAGGAGCUGGCCCGGGAGAAGGGCGGGCGGCGGGCGGCGCGGCCCCGCAUCGAGAGCAUGAGCCCGGAGGUGACCGACUCCAACCCUUACAGUCGCUUGAUGGCGUUAAAAAGAAUGGGAAUUGUCAAAGACUAUGAGAAAAUCCGUACUUUUACAGUUGCAGUAGUAGGUGUAGGUGGAGUUGGCAGUGUGACUGCUGAAAUGUUGACAAGGUGUGGCAUUGGUAAGCUGCUUCUGUUUGAUUAUGACAAAGUGGAAUUGGCAAACAUGAACAGGCUCUUCUUCCAACCUCAUCAAGCUGGAUUAAGUAAAGUGCAAGCAGCAGAGCAUACUUUGAGGAAUAUCAAUCCUGAUGUUCAGUUUGAAGUACAUAACUACAACAUCACAACACUGGACAACUUUGAACACUUCAUGGAUAGAAUAAGUAACGGUGCACUAGAGGAAGGGAAGCCUGUCGAUCUCGUUCUGAGUUGCGUGGACAAUUUUGAAGCUCGCAUGGCAAUUAACACGGCCUGCAAUGAACUUGGACAAAUCUGGAUGGAAUCUGGAGUGAGUGAAAAUGCAGUGUCAGGACAUAUACAGCUGAUCGUACCUGGUGAAUCUGCUUGUUUCGCGUGUGCUCCUCCACUUGUAGUUGCUGCCAAUAUUGAUGAGAAAACAUUAAAACGAGAAGGAGUUUGUGCAGCUAGUCUUCCUACAACUAUGGGUGUUGUGGCAGGAAUUCUUGUACAAAAUGUUCUGAAAUACCUGUUAAAUUUUGGUACUGUGAGUUACUAUCUCGGUUACAAUGCGAUGCAGGAUUUCUUUCCAACUAUGUCUAUGAAGCCAAAUCCACAGUGUAGUGACCAAAAUUGCAGAAAACAGCAGGAAAAGUAUAAGAAAAAAGAAGCAGCACGACCAAAACAAGAAGUAAUUGAACAGGAAGAAGAAAUAGUACACGAAGACAAUGACUGGGGCAUCGAGUUAGUAUCUGAGAUUUCAGAAGAUGAGCUGAAGGCUGCAUCUGGCCCAGUACCGGAGCUUCCCGAGGGAAUUACGGUAGCAUAUACUAUCCCAAACAAGGAGGAGAAUUUGAUUGCUGAGGAAACAGUAGCUGAGUCUGAAGAAAGCCUAGAAGAACUCAUGGCCAAAAUGAGAAACAUGUAGCAAAACAAAUACAAGUACAACUUUGGGAAGUUUGGAUUGACAUUGGAUUUUGAGAAGACCAGACUUUUUUUUUUUUUUUUUAACCUCUACUGAAGCUUAACUGUUCCAUUUCAUCAGAAAUGUAAAGAUACAGGGGCAGGAAGGAAACAGACUUACUUUGUUUCUAUUCCGUUGUCUAGUCAUAUCUUUAAGAUAUGGAGCUGUGCUACUCUAAAUUUUAAUUUCUCAGCAUUGCUAGUGUCCAGACACUCAGUAGAAAAUAAAAGAUGGAUAAACUAACAAAACCAGGCAUAGCACAUCAUAUGAAAUAUCACCUGAUGAAAAGAGUAUGUAGUAUAGGACAAGUGAAAGUUAAAAUCUGCUGGAGUGGACAGAGCAGGUCACGGGCAGGUGCUCGUGCCUCACUCACAGUGCUGCUCCUGAUUUUCCGGGCACUUGUGCUUGGUGUCGUUCACUGGUCUCUGUAAAUUCUUGGCAUGAAUUGUGCUGUGGCUACUUUUUCUGAGUAAUCAGAACAUUUCGGCCUUUUCAUCUGCCUUAAAUAGCUCUGGGAUGGAUUUUUUUUUUUAAAGUUCCCUAGUUUUAUCUGUGUUUUACUACUUCUUGUUUUUAAAUUGCAAUCGGUAUGUUUUGUAUCUGGUAAUACUUUGAGUAUGCUACAACAAGGCAAAGUCUUUUGUUAGUCAAGAAUUAUAAUAUCAGACUGGCUCUGAGCAUGCUACUCUUACAGCUGGCAGAUGCUUUUCAUGACAAAAUCUGUAAGAAUUACCAGCAACAUUAGAAAGAACAGGAGAUCUUGUCUGUCUCUUCAGAAAUCUGAGUAAGGUGUUUUUGUCAGUUAUUAAACUUUUAGCUGUAAUUCUGAUCCAUCUCCAUCAUACAGACUGUAUCAAGGAAUGUACUUAAUCUGAGUUUGUUUAGUCUUACAAGUAUCUUCAGUGGAACAGCUGAGCUAUUGUAUUUGUCUUGUAAAUAAUGUUAGUACAGUUGUGUUACCUUCUAACUUAUCAGGUGUUAAAACGAGCUGUAAAUGUACACAUCGCGUAGUGCCAGUACACUGCAGAACUGGAAGUAGCCAUUUCAAGUAUUUGAAUUAUUGUGGGUAUGUCUGAUCCAGAACUUGAUCACUAGAUUUAACUUAGAAGAACAUCAGUUUCAGCCUUUGCAGUAAAAUACAAAUGUUAGCACCUUGGGCUGUUCAAAAACCAGCAUAAUGCAGCUAACCCUGAACCAGCUAGUAGGGGUAGGAGCGGGAUUCAACCACCCUCUAAAAAGCACUGUUGGGGCUGUGCUUCUGUUUCUUAGGGCAGCUGAAUGAAGACGGUUACAAACUUCACAAUCUGUUUCCUCCACAGCUGACCCUAGAUUAUAUUAUAUACAUAAAAAUCCUCUAUGAAGCUGGUGAGGGAGGUUUGGGGUGGGGUGCAUUAUACUGUAACAUGGAAGUGGGUUUUUUUUUGGAUUAAGUUCAGUUUGGGAUAAACCGGAUUUUAGAAAUGAACUGUAAAGGAGGGAUGGGAAAUAGAAUAGUGAGAUCGUGUAAAAGGUACAUACUGGAAUCUGUGUCCCUGAGUCUAGGCUACCUUGAUCCAAGUGUCUAGUUAAACAUUACUUACAUUUCUUUGCAACUUUACCUUUCUGUUGGGAACAAGACAAGCGCGGCACACACCUGGCUCUGGAGAUCAAGGCAAACAGCUGACCCAUUCUACAACAGCUCAGUUAACCCAGACUCAACUAUUCAGCUGCCACGACUGCUACCACCUGACUGAGAGCUUUAAGAGAGGCAGCUGUUUACCAUUUUACUUCAUGGACAGUUUUAUGAGCCAAUAAAUACACUUCUGUACGCCCA